AUGGCGCCCGCUACUCAGAUGCCUCCGGUCCCUAACCGGGAGGACAUUGGAGCCACAUGGAAGUACCUGGAGGCCGGCAUCCAGCGCAUCAUGCUGGAUCUUGAGCGUGGUAUCGACAUGCAGAUCUACAUGGGAGUCUAUACUGUUUCUAGUGCCGUCCACAACUUCUGUACCUCCCAAAAAGCCGUCGGAUUGUCGGUGCCUCAGGGAAGCAUCGGAUCCGGUAACCACAGGGGAGCUCACCUUCUCGGAGAGGAGCUGUACAACAAGCUCAUCGACUAUUUGAAGCUGCACCUCGAGGGGCUCGUUCAACAGUCCAAGACGCACACCGAUGAGGCGCUGCUGACCUUCUAUAUCAAAGAAUGGAACCGAUACACGAUCGCCGCCAAAUACAUCCAUCACCUCUUCCGGUAUCUUAACCGCCAUUGGGUUAAGCGCGAGAUGGACGAGGGAAAGAAGAACAUCUACGACGUGUACACUCUCCAUCUUGUGCAAUGGCGUCGGGUGCUUUUCGAACAGGUUUCGACCAAGGUUAUGGAAGCCGUCCUGAAGUUGGUGGAGAAGCAGCGUAAUGGCGAGACCAUUGAAUACGGCCAGAUCAAGCAGGUUGUCGACUCCUUUGUCUCCCUCGGUCUCGACGACGCCGAUCCUACCAAGUCGACCCUCGACGUCUACCGAUUCCACUUCGAGCGCCCCUUCCUGGCCGCCACCAAGGAGUACUACCAAAACGAGUCGAAGCAGUUUGUUGCCGAGAACAGCGUCGUCGAAUACAUGAAGAAGGCAGAGACGCGACUGGAGGAAGAGGAGGAGCGAGUGCGCAUGUACCUGCACGCUGAUAUCAUCAACCCGCUGCGCAAGACGUGCAACCAAGCCCUCAUUGCCGACCAUUCGACAUUGCUCAGAGAUGAGUUCCAAGUGCUUCUGGACAACGACAGAGAAGAGGAUAUGGCCAGGAUGUACAAGCUGCUCUCUCGAAUCCCCGAGGGCCUGGAUCCUCUGAGACAGCGAUUCGAGACCCACGUCCGCAAGGCGGGCUUGAGCGCCGUGGAGAAGGUGGCGUCGGACGCCGAGAAGCUGGAGCCAAAGGUCUACGUCGAUGCGCUGUUGGAAAUCCACUCUCAGUACUCGGGCUUGGUGACUCGUGCGUUCGAUGGCGAGGCCGAAUUCACCCGAUCCUUGGACAACGCCUGCCGAGAGUUCAUCAACAGGAACGAGGUCUGCAAGUCAGGCUCCAACAAGUCGCCGGAGCUUCUGGCCAAAUACACCGACGUCCUUUUGAGGAAGAGCGGCAGCGGCAUCGAGGAGGGCGAACUGGAGAACACAUUGACGCAGAUCAUGACCGUCUUCAAGUACAUUGAGGACAAGGACGUCUUCCAGAAGUUCUACUCCCGUAUGCUUGCCCGUCGCCUGGUGCACAGUAACUCUUCGUCGGACGACGCGGAGACCAGCAUGAUCAGUAAGCUCAAGGAGGCGUGCGGUUUCGAGUACACGAACAAGCUCCAGAGAAUGUUCCAGGACAUGCAGACCUCCAAGGAUCUCAACGUCAGUUUCAAGGAGCAUGUUGCUGGUCUUGGGAUCAACAAGAACGCUCUCGACUCUCAGUACUCCAUCCUGGGCACCGGUUUCUGGCCCCUGACUGCGCCCAACACAAGCUUCACCCCUCCGACCGAGAUCAACGAAGACUGCGAGCGCUUUACCCGGUUUUACAAGAACAGGCACGAAGGUCGCAAGUUGACAUGGUUGUGGCAACUGUGCAAGGGUGAGGUCAAGGCGGGAUACUGCAAGAACAGCAAGACGCCCUACACAUUCCAGGUAUCUGCCUACCAGAUGGCCAUCCUCCUCAUGUUCAACGACAAGGACAAGCACAGCUACGAGGACAUCGCGGGCGUGACCUUGCUGAGCUCGGAGGUUCUGGACCAGGCCUUGGCCAUCUUGCUCAAGGCCAAGGUUCUCAUUAUGUCGCCCGAUGGUAAGCCCGAGCCCGGGAAGAGCUUCCGACUCAACUACGACUUCAAGAGCAAAAAGAUCAGGGUCAACCUGAACAUUGGCGGUGCCAAGGAGGCGAAGCAGGAAGAGGUGGAGACCAACAAGACGAUCGAGGAGGACCGCAAGCUUCUGCUGCAGUCUGCCAUCGUGCGUAUCAUGAAGGCGAGAAAGAAGAUGAAGCACACGCAGCUCGUCAGCGAGACCAUCAACCAGAUUCGGUCGCGCUUCGUGCCGAAGGUUUCGGACAUCAAGAAGUGCAUAGAGAUCCUCCUCGACAAGGAGUAUUUGGAGAGACUCGAGGACGACGAGCUUGGCUACCUGGCGUAA